UUUGUUGUUUUGUGGUGUUGGUUUUUGUAUUAAUUUGAUAUGGGUUUUGUGGUACAAAGGUGUUUAUCGAUGUUCCAUGGUGGUAUCUGGCAUUCAAUAGGAUGAUAAGUCCUUUUUUGACCCUAAGGACCAAGAGCAACUUUGGGUUUGAAGGCCAUCCAAAAUCUGCUGAAACCCUUUUCAAGUUAGUGAAUUCAUUUUUUUUUUUUUUUGGGGGUGGGUUUCAUCUAUAGAUACGUGUUUAUAUGAUCUAUAACAUUAUAUAUUGGCUUGGCUUGUGUUUGAAUGAAAAAAUAAAAAAUAAAAAAUAAAAAUCAGAUAUAUAGCUCCUGACCAAGUACCAGUUCAAUUUGGUGGACUUAGUAGGGAGGAUGACCAGGAAUUCACCACGGCUGACUCUGUUACAAUGGAGACAAUAAAGCGAGCAAGCGUCGAAUACAUAGUUGAAAUUCCUGUUUCUCAGCUUUCAAAAAAUUUAAUGUUCUCCAGGUAUGAUCCAAAAACUGGCAGAUUUGUGUAUGUAAAUAGCAAGUCAUCCGGAGAAAUGUUGACCCCGGACAGCCAACAUGUUCUACCAAAUUGUGGGAAUGAAGAAGUGGAAAUUGAAAAGAUGCUUCAACAAGCCGGAGCUUUGAGAGCCAAAGAACUUUUCAUUCACGAUUCUGGCCAUGAUGCUGUUUGUCAUUGUAGAGAGGGCAGUCACAAGCCAUCACAGAAUGUAAUAACCGGGCAGAGGGAAUUUCUAUGUUGCGUGUUAUUGUUGAUGGCUGCACUGGUUGCAAAAAUAACCUAUCAAGCAGCAUUUAGUUUCUCUGUUGGCGCCCUCAAAGAGGGCUAUGCAUAUAACUAUGCUGCGAAUGGAAUCCUCCAACUGAAAAAACGUGAUUCAAUUGCAAACCGGUCAUUCAUGCUGUUCAACUCCUCUGGAUUUGUUGCAUCAGUGGCUGUGAUUAUAUCCCUCCUCCAUGAAUUCCCGCUGAAACCAUGGCCUCAAAUCUCAGCGUCCACUCUGUUUGGAUCGUAUAUGUGCUUGGUAAUGGCAACAUCACCGCGUGAUGCAUUUGUGCUCCUGUUCCUAGCAAUUCCAUUAAUUACCUUGGCAGCUGCAGGAAAACUGUAUGGCUUUGCAAGGGAGAGGUCCUAUUGAAGUUCUUGAAAUCAAAAGUGGCAGGUGCCAGGUGGGAAAGCUUUUAUUGUGUUGUGUAGCUUUGAAUAUAUAUAUAUAUUGCAUGUUAUAUGAGAACAUAGUGCAGUAAGAUGAUCUGCUAAACUAUGUCCUGUUUGUUAUGUUUUUUUUUUUUUUUUUUGAUCACUGUUUGUUAUGUUUUAAAUGUGAAACUCGUGCAAAGUAAGAGUGACAGUUUGUGUGAUAAUAAAAUGUGUGCCCCUGCAUUUCAGUUCAAUCUUAAAGUCUUUUUUUCUUUUUCCUUUUCAGUUCAAUCUUGAUCUGCAAUCUUGUACAACUACUCUUUCAUCUAAGUAGCUCUGUAGCA